UUCAGAAGCUUCAUUCUUCAGUAUCUGAUAAUUAACAAUGUACACACAGGCUCCUCCCCUUAUCCCAAUAACCAAAGAGCACAUGGCAAUCUCAGAUGUACUUCAACACUAAUUAAGUAAUAUAAAAGUGCUGGGGCUGGGACUGGCUGCACUACUGACAAGCAAGAAAGCAGAAGUGCACAAGCAAACAUAAUCUCUCUAGCUCUUCUCUGACAAGAAGCUCCAGGAAAUCAGGAGAAGAUGUUUCCUCUCAGCCUCCUACAGCCCUCACACUCCCCUCUGUGUCCCUGCAGCCAGCCUGCACUCACACUUUUUGGUCAGCUGGAAGAUAAAAAUCUUGGAGACAAUGACUUGGAGAGGAGAAUGCAGAGUGUGAAUGAAGUGUGCCAGCUCCUCUUUCAGGACAUGGAUAUAAGCAGAAUUAGAGAUCAGAUUCGACAGCCCGGAGCCCCAGAAAGUGAGGGGACCUCUCCCAACUCAGGCAAAGAUGGGAAGGAUCACUUUGAGCUGACUCUGGAUAUGAGGGACUUUGAUGCUCAUGAACUAAUAGUGAAAACACAGGGAAGGAGAGUGGUUGUAACAGGAAAACAUGAGAACAAAAGUGACACUGAGGAUAGAAGCUAUGUCCAUGAAUACAGAGAAUGGAAGAGAGAAGCUGAACUGCCAAAAGGUGUGAAUCUUGAGCAAGUUGUGUGCUUCUUAUCCAAGGAUGGGCACCUGCAUAUUAAAGCUCCUUGGCUGGCACUGCCACCUGCACCAGAGACACCCAUUCCUUUCAGCAUGGAUCCGGCACCCAGAGAUGCCCAGGAAUUUCCACCCGAUGCCCAGAACAGCAAUGCGAAUGGAUUGAAUGCUUCCUGACACCAUGACAACUUAAAUAUUCAUACAUAUUUACAUUUUUCAUUAUAUUUUAUAUA